AUGGUGGUAUAUGGUGGUCCAGUGAAUAGAUUGGAUGAAUUCAUAAAGAUUGAAGAGUCCACUGCAAAAGAAGCAUUGUUAAAGUUUUGCAAGAACACUAUACAACUUUACACGGAGCAGUAUCUAAGAACACCAAAUAUGUAUGACACUCAACGACUUAUGAACGAAAAUGCACUUCACGAUUUCCCCGGAAUGUUGGGCUCCCUCGAUUGUAUGCACUGGGAAUGGCGCGGUUGCCCGGUGGGAUGGCAAGGGCAAUUCACAGGACACGUGGGUAUACCUACGUUGAUUUUAGAAGCUAUGGCAUCUUAUGACUUAUGGAUUUGGCAUGCUUUUUUCGAUAUAGCUGGAUCACAUAACGAUCUCACUGUUCUGCGUCAUUCACAUAUUUUUAAUGAAUUCAUCCGAGGCCAUACGCCCACCGAGCAAUUCAUCAUCAACGGCCAUGUUCAUCAUACACCGUACUAUCUAACCGGUGGAAUAUACCCACAAUAUGCGACACUAAUGCGAUCUAUAAGCCACCCGCAUACUGCACAGGAGAAAGUCUUCGCGAAAGCACAAGAAUGCGUUCAUAAGGAUGUCGAACGUGCUUUUGGUGUCUUACAGGCAAGGUGGGGCAUCACCCGAGGACCAGUUACGUUCUACGACACAGCAGAUCUCAGAAGAAUUAUGAUGACAUGCAUUAUUCUUCAUAAUAUGACCAUUGAGGACGAGAGGCACAUUGACAUUGAUCCAUGGGUACCUCCCCUCGAUGACAAUGUGUCCUCGAUCAAUCAGAUCACAUCCCCUACUGUUCUCUCACACUACAUUCAUAUGCGCGUGGAACAAAUAAGCGACCAACAAAGUAAUACAAAGUUGAGAAAAGAUUUAAUGGCUCACAUAAGGCAAAUGUAUGGUAGCAUUGACGUAUAA